AUGGCAAGUGCUUCAUCAGAAAGUGUUCCUGUUGAUGAAAUCAACGAACUACUCACAUGUUGCAUGUGUUUGGAAACUCUACAGGAACCACGAAGCUUGGCUUGCUUUCAUAAUUUUUGUAAAGUCUGUUUAGGUGAGUAAUAUUUUCUUUGUUUACAUGAUCUACUUGGCAAAUGCAUGUCUUGGUACCAUAGACUAGGAAUAUAUCCUUAUUCUGUCAUGGUUAUAAUCGUUAUAUUGACGACCUUGUUUACAAAUUAAUGUAAAUUUGCCUGCCAGUAUGUGCCAGGCAAAUUUACACUAUCACUAUUUCGCGCAUGUUACUUAAUAUAGUGCACACUGCUGAUACAAAUUUACACUACCGGUGUGCACUAUCAGUACUAUGCGCGGACAUAACUAAUUUUGAAUAGUCUUGCGACGUAUAAACAGCACAACAUGAUCAAUGCGUGCUAUUACAAAGCAUUCAAAAUAGCAUAUGUGCAUGUGCGCAUUUUGGCAGGCAAAUCAUGUGCAUAACCUUUUUUGUGCAAAAUCAAAACAAUGUUUACUGGUCUUUUGUACAUACACAAGUAUAUAUAAAUUAUGGAAGUGUUCAAUGCCAUGUAUUGUCAUUACUGCCUCCUCCGCAGGCCCUUCGUUGGGCACAGUGCAGUGCAAUUGCAAUCUAUAUAGAUCAGUGGCUGUGAUAUUGCCGGGCAAUGCAUGAUGGUCUUCGCGCGCCCAACAAAGAAUUUUUUUCUCGUUUUCCUCUCCCCCCUUUGAAAGCGACUGGGGACGAGGCAGUUGUCAUUAUGUGUCAGUCAAUCAUGAUAGAAUAUCCCAAAUUUAACCAGAGAUUUAUUCUGCACAGGUGGGAAUUUGAUGCAAACCCUAACCCAGACCAUGAGACGUUUGACUCAGUCAUAAUCUUGUAAUGGUGUAUAAUUUUGUAUUGUGUAUGUAUUCAAUAGUUACUUACUCAAUAGAUACAUUCCGAUUAUACAAAAGAAUAUACUCUGCAGCAUUAUUCUACAAUGCAAAGCACAAUUAAGAUAGAAGAUCUUUUGGGAUCUUUCAAGAACUCUUGUCUUCACAAAAUGUAAACAAUUGACUCUACAAAGGUGCCCCCCUGCAUGGACUGCUUAUUGGAAUAGCAGGAAGCAAGAUAUACACCACACAGCAAAGUAUACAUUGGAUUUUUUAACAAGAUCUUGGGUGCAACAGCACUAGCUAGCUUACAUGCAUGUUUCAGUUUUGUACUCUAAAUGUUACUCGGGUACACCCCUCAGAAUUAACAGUAUCAUGACAAAAUACUAAUUUUCUGUUUGGCCAAAAACUGAAAACUUUGUAUUUCCAGCUCCAGCCUAAAUAAUUUAAUCACCAUUUAAAGGAUAGAUCAUGAUUGACAUUCACCCAGGUGUACCCCUUUUCAACAUGUAAAAAUCUCAGGUGUGCCUUUGCCAUGGUCUACUGUAUGGGAUAUAAAGCAACUUCAUCAAAAUAAAAGAAACAGUGGACUAAGUGGUAUGACUUUGGAAUAAAGGCUGGGGCCCUGGCCCAAAUUCAUAAAGGCCAACCUGUUUGAGACACACAAAGUAUAAGGAAGGGUGAAAAUCUUAAAUUAAACUCACCCCUUCUAAGUUAAGUUAAACCCUCCCCCUUAAAGUUGGAAUUGAUAUUAUUAGAAUGUUCUGGGAUAUUGCACAAUUGCAUUGCAUAUUAUGAUAAUAUUUCCUAUGAACUGGAACUCCAAUAGGAUUUUAAUUUUCCUAUUAGAAUCCACUGAAUAUGUCAGACAGAAAAUCAUUCCUAUUAAUUGGAAUUUUUCGAAUAGGUUAAAAUUGACGUAUUGACACAUUUAAACAGAACUGCAUACCGUAGAUAGAUAAGCUUAUAUGUUAUGUUUUGUUAUAGCUGACUGAGUCAGUGCUAUGACUUUUGCUUGGAUCUAAUGCAUUUUGUGGUGUGUAUGUUCACAGAAGGUCAUUAUCUAGUUGUAAUACACUUAUCAAUACAAAUCCGAGGGGGAGGAAAAAUGAGGAAGGGAUGGAGAUCUGACAAAUUUUGGGUAAAAUUCCAUGGGUUGGGGUGACAGAUACCAAUAAAAUAUUGUAUCAAAACGUCACCACCUAGGUACAGCUUAAGUUCCAAACUAUGUAACAUUCUCUGUGUCAAAAUGAAAUUUUGGACAACUAGUUAAUAUUGUGUGCGAUUUUACUGAUUUAUUUAGUAGUUCAGGAAAUAUUAUGUACAUUAAGCUUGUGUUUCACACAGCACCUUUAGAAACUUAAGCUUAAAAUGUUUCUCAAAGAAUUAAGUUGCCCGUCAUUCUUUUUAAAAUUGUUGUCAGGGCUAUAUGUGCCAAAAAAAUGUUAGCAUACUAAAACAGCUUUGUCUUUGAUUUAAUUUCCUUUUAUUAAUAAAAAUUAUCAAUGUUAAUCUUGAAAAUGGAAUAUUUAUAACAAAAAAUAAGGAGGAUUCACAAGAACAUCUCAAAUUUCAUAUUAAUAAUUCUUUAAUCCAUGAAAUUAGCGCAAGGCUAGCGCUUUUUGAUGAGUAAAAUCGUGUGGCAUUAUACAAUUACUUUAUGGUUUCCGUGUUUGGAUGGCCUGAUCCAAACACGCGGGAAUGUUGCGAGAGUUAAGAAAAGCGCGCGAAACGCGAUUUUGCGUGCUUUUCUUAACUCGAGCAACACUGAUUCCCAAGUGUUUGGAUCAGGCCAUCAAAACACGGAAACCAUAAAGUAAUUGUUUUAUAAAAUAACAACUUUCCGUGUUAAAAUUUCACUUUAAGAAACUUUCACUUUAAAUUUCCGUGUUUGGAUGGCCUGAUCCAAACACGGGUUUCGACCAAUCAGAGCAAGCGUUAUAUACAUGUUAUUUUAUAAUAUAGAAUCUCAGAGUAAGAUGAUAAAGUAGGGCGCCUUUUGGCACAUUGCAGCAUAAUGAGUUAACAUUCAUUGUCAGCAUUCUUUCUACAUAGUUUGGGCAAAGUCAUUGUCUUUAAAGCAGAACACCAAACCUAUCCAUCACGAAUUUCAAAAUCAAUAUUAUUCCAGGGAUGGGAACAUUUGACCAAAAUUAAAACUUUUUAAUUUUGGUCAAAUGUUCCCAUCCCUGGAAUAAUAUUGAUUUUUAAAUUCCUGAUGGAUGUUGUGGGUGUUCAAGGCAAAUCUCCACCGUUUUUCCGUAACUGCAUGCCUUCCCAGUGAUUAACAUUAAUAGGUGCAUAUAAGCAGAAGAGUUUAAAAGCCUGGUUUACACUAGCAAUUCUGUCGGCGAUAUUUCUCCUCCAGGCAAAUGCGGUCGAAGGAAUGACAUGCAAAAGACUUCACUUAGAAUUGUUUACUUCUGAAAAGCGACUCUAUACUUUUGUGUGCGAGUUCACUCAUUUGCAUCCGUCAGAAAAACAAAAUCGCCGACAAAAUUGCUAGUGUGAACCAGGCUUCAAAAUCAUCUGUACAUCUUUAGUAUAGCAAUACAAAAUAAGUGAAAGACAUAAAACUAUGGAAGAAUAUAAAGACACAAAAUAAGAUGGUACUAUCUACUAUGAAAGUGUGCUUUGUUUGUGCCACAUUAACAUUAUAAAACAGUUAAGAAGUCUAUUAUGAAUCUAACCGCAAGUCUGCUAGUUUUUCUUAGCCAAUAUUUUUGAUGUUUUCAAAUUAAGCCAAAACCAACCAGCGGGUUAUUUUGACUAAACAUUUUCCGUUUAUGAACUUAUGACAUGGCCAUACAGUAGGUCUAAAUAACCACCUGCUGAUUGGUUUUGGCUUAGUUUGAAAACAUUAAAAAAAUAUGCAAGUGUGAAGUGGCCUCGGUUUGCCUGUUCGAGCUGUAAAAGGUAAGUUAUUUCAUUAAUAUUAUAUUUAAUUUGUUACUUAAUUUCUACUCCACAACAUCUGGUUCAUUAUUUUAAGUGUCCGCACAUUGUUGUUUAGGAAAGUAUGUCGAACGUCUUCGUGGUGCUGACAAGAAGGUGGAGAUCUUCCCAUGUCCUACAUGUCGCUCAGAGUUUACUCUCAAAUCAAACCAAGAUGUUGCUGAACUGCCAAGCAAUUAUUUCAUCAAGAAUAUGCUGGAAAUUAUGGCGAUUCAACAAAAAGCAAAAACAUCUACUGCAUGUUCCCGCUGCCAAGAUCCUGCCAUUAAUCACUGCGCAUCAUGCGAAAUAUUUAUGUGUAAGAAAUGUUCACAAUGGCAUGAUACCUGGCCUGCCAACAAAAAUCAUAAUGCCCUGUCUGUACAGGAACUGGGCAAUCCUGAAAGUCAAGUGAAAAUGAGAAGAAAGCUUUGCUGCAUGAAACACGAAGACGAAGUACUGAAAUAUUAUUGUGAAACAUGCAAGGAACUUAGCUGUAUAGACUGUGUGGUUUUAAAUCAUAAGAAAACAAACCAUUCGUGUGUGGCAGUGCGUGAGAUCGCACAGAAACAAAGAGAAGCAUUGCAAUCAAGCUGCACAACACUUGAUGAGAAAUUAUCUGAAGGAAAGGAAGCGUUGAACAAUAUUUGUGAGGUGAUGAAGUCUCUUGAAAAGAAUGCUAAAACUGCUAAAGAUCAAAUCAAAGAACAAAAGGAAAAUAUCUUGAAGAUUGUGGCAGAAAAACUUGAUGAGAGAGCAGAGAAAAUGAACGAGGAAGUGGACAAGGUUUAUGGUGAAUUACACAGUAAACUGAGCAAACAACAUGAUGAAAUGAAAGAUUAUCUUGAUAAAGUCAAAGCUUCAGUGUCCUUGCCAAAAAAUCUCUUAAAGAGAGGAAGUAUCGAAGAAAUUAUCUCAUCGCAGAAAUUGAUUGAUGAGAAAAUCGAGAAGUUGAGCAAUCAGCAACCGGAGUAUCUGGCCGCAGUGAAUGAUGGUGGUAUUCAGUAUGUGCCGGACGACAUUG